UUGAUCUCGCUGAAAACAACAAUCCGUGCCAUUUAGUGAUAAUGAAUUUAGAAAAUUUCUUCAUUUACGUUCGAAAUCUCUCCCCGUUUUAUAUCUUCAGUAUGGUGAUGUCAAUAUUUGCCGUGCUGCUCACGGCUUACUUCGGUUUGACUGGCUGCAGCGCUACGCUCGAUGAAACGGAAGCUUCCGUUGUGGGGGCGCGCCGGAAUACGAAAUCCAAAACUAAAGUAAUUUGGCCCAAGGGCAACCACGGAUCUGUGCGUCAUGAAACGCUGAUGCUUACCGAUUAUGCUCCACAGGAAAACAUCACCUCCGCCCGAGACUCAGCGGAACUGGAUGAGCCGGCCACUAUUAGCGACAGCGAUGACGAUAGUUCGGAGUGUAGCAAAGAGCGAUUGCCCAUCGAAACGUUGGGCCAGUUGAAAUCAGCAAAGCUGAAAUCGAUCGAAAAUUCUCUUACUGAUGAGCAGCGAAAGGCAGAGAAAGAAAUCGAACGUGCGCAGCUGGCCGCAAUAUUCGAACUGCUGAAACAACAAGCGGACAGUUCCAAUCUGGACGAGGAUGAUCUGAAAGAGCAACUUAGUCUGUAUCGAUAAAACUCACAUUCUUCACCAAAACGUCUUGAGUUCGAAGUAGAAUUUCUAGUCCAUUUUAGGAAGGUUUAGCU